GACGCUUGCUUGAGCAGCGUUGCUCUGAAACUUGCGAUGGUGAGCGCAUUGGGGUACUCGGAGGCGCCACCCACGACAAUGUCAAUGAGCCUCGAGGUGUCCGUUGUUGCGGCCGAGGAUCGCACGAGUUUGCCGUCGGUGCAAGACACGCCCGUGCCGACUCUCAACGAGGCACCGACGCCAAUGGAGACUGCGCCGUCAAUUACGAUGACAACAUCAGACGCCGAACCCACGACGCCCUUGGAGCAAACGUCGACGCUCGACGGCUCGCUCGCUAUGGAGCCCUCGACAACAGAGAUAACCAACGCUACACUUGGAGAUUGCGAGCCGUCAGGUGCUGCGUCGAGUUCUGCCGACACACGCUUGGACGAGCAGCAAGAACCAAACACCGUCGAUGCCUCGUUCAGUCCAGCGGAGAUGUCUGUGCGCGAGGAAGCGCCUUCCACCGUUAACGCCGAGCCGCUGCUAAACGCCGACCAUGCGACAGCUUACACUUGGACGCGCGAGAAAAUCCCUCGGUCGACGAACCAGCACAUGAGCCUCUCGUUUCCGACAACAUUGGUGCUGCGAAGAGUGCGCUCGCACUGGACGAGGCAAUUGACCAAGGUGGCGACACAGUACUCGAUGGCACCGCCGUAGCAGACACGCCGAUUGUUCGACGUACUUCUGACGAAGAGGUACCUCGUACGGGGGCGGUGGGUGGCGCGACGCUAGAUGUGGUCGACGCAGCGCCCAAUGGUCUGACGAACGAGCUCGAAGGUGCGGAUGCAUGCGUCGACGAUCGUAUUGAGUCAUGCGGUGGUGCACCAACACCAUUGCUACAUGAACCAGAGCCAGCAGAAGCAACAGCAGAAGUCGCACCUCCAGCUCAAGAAGCAAUU